AGCCUAACUUCUCAUCUACAGGUACCUUUUAAGCGGCGCAACAGAACAUUAAAUACAGCAUGUUCGGAGCUGACACAGUGUGCAGCAGGUGUCUCACUAAUAAAGGCAAGGUGCUCUCUGCCUCCAGUCGUGGCCUCCCCAGCGGCUUGCAUCGCCACAACCCAGCCCAGUCGGAUCAGGCACCUGUCGGACAGUUUGCGUGUCCCGGCCAUCUCAACUUCUUCUUUCCUCCACACCACGAUCCUGCUCUCGUCUCAGGGUCAUUCAAUCACCAUUAUUCGACAGAGGCAUUCACCAUGGGCAAGUUCAGCUUCGGAAGCAAAAAGGGCGGCGACGAAGACGACGGCGGUCGCAGUAGCCUAUUCAGUCGAAAGAAGUCGUCCCCUGCCCCUCAAUCCGACAACCCUUAUGCUCGACAACCCUCCCAGGCCGACCCAUAUGCCGACCCUGCGAAGAUGACCGCCUAUCAGAGAGCUCGAGCUGGCCUCGACCGACCGGCAGGGCCCCAAGGAGGCAACGGAUCAUACGAAGGAGGACCUUCUGGGGCACCUCGCCCUCAAGCACAAAACACGUAUCCGUCGUCCUCAUCCUCGCCAGGGCCAAAGAGCGGUGGAGGGUACGGCGCACCUCCUCCUCAACAGGGCUAUGGCAGUGACCGCUAUGGUUCCGGUGGUGGAUACGGCGGCAAUCGAUACGAAGCGCCCUCCCAGAACCAGUACAAUGCCCCGGCAGCCGGUGCUAGAGGCCCUGGCGGCUAUGGCGGUCUUGGUUCAGUGAACAACGACGAGCCCGACAGCAACCGCGACGCACUCUUCUCUGGAGCUCAGGAGCGCGCGCAAAGACACCCGCCGCAGGCGCACGAUCCGCCCCCGACUUAUUCACAGGCCGGCGAUGCCCCAGCCGGCGGCGCCCCGGCCAGCGGCGAUUACGGGGGCUAUGGCGAGCAAAGGGAGCUCACGGCUGAGGAGCAGGAAGAGCAAGAAUAUCAGGCCAUCCUGGCGGAGAAGAGGAAGAUCCAACAAGAAAGUGCUGGCUCCGUCAAUCGCUCCCUCUUGGUCGCACAGCAAGCCACUGAGGUUGGGCAAGCCACCUUGGCUCGCCUGGGAGCACAAGGCGAGCGUUUGCACAACACCGAGAAGCACCUCGAUCUCGCAUCGAACCAGAACAAGAUUGCGCAGGAUAGGGCAGCCGAACUCAAGACGCUGAACCGCAGCAUGUUUGCGGUCCACGUGGGCAACCCCUUCACUUCCAAGCAGCGACAGAUGAAGGAGGACGAGGAGGUCCUCGAGCGCCAUCGCUCCGAGCGAGAGCAGAGGGAGGCUACGCGUCGAGACGGCUAUGCCGCGAACCAGCGGAUGGAAAGCAAUUUCAAAGAUGUGUCGCGCGGGCCACAGGUUCGUCGAACUGGCAACAAGAACUACGGCAAAUAUAACCUUGACGACGAGGAUGACGAGGCGCGGCAGCUGGAGGACCAAAUCGAUGAUGGUAUUGAUCAACUCAGUGGCCAAGUCCACCUGAUGAACCGCAUCGGUAAGGCCAUUGGCCAAGAGGUCGACACCCAAAACUCGCAAAUCAACCGCAUCAUGGACAAGAGCGAUGCUGUAGACGAUCAAACAAGGAUGAACAGAGAGCGGCUGGCUCGUAUCAAAUAGAGGUGUUCACUUUACACCAGAUUCAGCAUUGGGAACUACGCGCUUGCGCGGCUGUCGCCUACGGUAGCUGGGUCGAUCUCUCCCUGGCUCGUCAUAAGCACACUCGCAUAUCAAUAUACUAAAGGGUUUCUUUUGCCGUUGUACGUAGCUUGGGAGUGGGUGCCCCCUGGCUCAGACGUACCAGGUUGCUUUGGAUAUGGAAGCUCCCAAGACACGACGAUAAUAAAACCUCAUGGCCCACCUGGUGAAGGGCGAUUUCGUCAUUACCAAAUACCGACAUGUAGCAAUUUUGAAAAUAAACUACAGCACGCCG